AUGAUCGAAGAGGUGAGCAGAAAGGCCAUUGUGGAAUAUGAGCGUAGAACGGUAACCCCAGCUAGAGAAGGGGUAAGGAGGCAGUUAUUCAAGGAAAUAGAGGCAGAGCAGAGGAGAGAGGUCUCGAGGGUGCCUGAAAAAGGCCCUGAGAGAACCUUGUCAAAUGAAAUUGAGAAGUUGGGAAAGCAAAUAGAAGAGUUGAAGAAAAGGGGAGAGAUCGUGUCGCAAAAUAGGAGCUCACCUUUUACUAAUCGGAUUCUGCUGGAGGUGGUGGACAGUAGCUUUCGGUUCCCGGAUCUUCCCAAGUACGAUGGGAGCAAGGAUCCUAGGGAACAUGUGGCUGCAUUCGAUCUGGUCAUGAACCUAUACGGCCAAACUGAUCCUAUCAAAGCGAAGCUGUUUGUAACUACUCUGAAGGGCAAGACUCAGGAAUGGAUCACGAGCUUAGGUAGUGGAACAAUUGAUUCUUAUGAGCAAUUAAUUCACAAAUUCUCUUUUCAUUUUUCCAGUAAGAGAAAGGCGAAGAGGUCAACCACUCACCUCUUCACGAUCAGACAAAGGGAGGACGAGACGCUAAAGGCUUUUAUGGGGAGAUUUAACAAUGAAGUGUUGGAAGUUCAGGAUCUGCAAAUCGACAUGAUGGUGAGCAUUUUGAUACAUGGAUUGAAGAAAGGCCCGUUCGCGUCGGCGCUGGCUCGGGAUCCACCUGCAGGUACAGAACAGUUGAUGGAGAUGGCACAAAAAUACAUAGACGAGGAAGAGAUGAAUGCCAUGAAAGAUAGUAAGUGGACAAGGGAUCCGGGGCGAUCGAAGUACGAGCGAUCGAGAGAUGGUAAGCAGCGAUCUAAAAAAGAUGAAGAACGAAAAGGAUCAUACCAGCCUCGAUACCACAGAUACACUCCCUCAACUACGACCAGGUAA